AUUUAACGGAUAUUAAUUUUUGAGCAAAUAAUACAUAAGUAAUAAGAAUGCAGUGGCAAUAACUUAAAAAUAUGUAUUACUUAAUACAACCAUGUUUUACUUUCUUACCGACGCCUCAUGUGUAAAAAAAUAUUUAUUAUGAGAGUCGUAUCUUGUCAAGAAUUUGUUUAAGAAUUGUUUAAAGAUAAUUUUAUGAUUUCGUGUUAAUCGUUAUAAACUAACUAACUGUAUCAAGUUUGUUUGGCUUCGAAAAAAACAGGUCCGUUUCAACCUAGUAGUUUCAUAGGAAGCAGUCACAUAUCAAAAUGCGAAUGCGCGAAAUUUUCAAAACACCUGGUGAAGAUUCCGAAUCCGAUGAAUUGAAUGAAUUAGCGGAUGUAGAGGAUGUUGAAGAUGCCGCGGUGUUCGAACCAAUUUUGUUGGAGCCCUUUGAUUCAGAGGACUCUGAAGUCGAGUAUGGAAUCGCAUAUGGCAACGUCAGUAUACCGAAUCGACAACAGUCGAAUGGAGAAGACUCUGACUUCGGACCAGAUGGUGAUGAAGAUGAAGACAGUUCAGAUUUUCAACCAGAUGAUUCGGAUGAUUCGAUGUCGGAUACUGCUAAUAAAGAAGUUAUCAGAAAAUCCAAAGCAAAUUUAGGCGAUGAUACCGGUGCAAGUUCAAGUGGUGUUAGUAGAAAUAAUGAUGGUGCAGUUAGUAGUGUAUUAGAACUUAAUGAAGAUGAAGAGGAUGAUGAAACAGUCCGAGCCAUAAUUGCGGCCAUAAAAAAACCUCGUACCGCUCCACCAGAAAUCAAAUUGGAUGAUUUCAUAACGGAUAUUUGUUUUCAUCCGGAACGUGAUAUAAUAGCACUCGCUACGAUUACAGGGGAUGUAUGUCUAUAUGCCUAUGCAAACGAGGGUAAUACACAGCUACGAAAUAUUGAAAUACAUGCAAAAUCCUGUAGAGAUGUUGAAUUCACCGAAGAUGGCCGUGAUUUACUAACUUGUUCCAAAGACAAAUCCAUUAUGAUAACCGACAUGGAGACAGAGAAGCUAAAAAAAUUCUAUGAAAGUGCGCAUGAUGAAGCUAUAAAUAAAUUGCACAUCAUUGAUGAGAACCUCUUUACUACUGGUGAUGAUGGGGGUACGGUUAAACUUUGGGACAUACGAACUAAAGACUCUAUAUUUGCGUUAAAAGAAGUUGAAGAUUUUAUAUCACAAAUGCUCACUAACGAAUCGAAGAAAUUGUUGUUGGUCACAAGUGGUGAUGGCUACCUUACCACAAUUAACAUAGGAUCACGCAAGCUAUUUGUACAAUCUGAACCCUAUGAAGAGGAACUCCAUUGUAUGGGUACAUUUCGUGGCAAUUCGAAACUAGUCGUGGGUACAUCAAAAGGUCGCCUUUAUACAUUUAAUUGGGGUCAAUUCGGUUAUCAUUGUGAUAUGUAUCCAGGCAUUAAUACACCAAUCAGCGAAAUGAUACCUAUUACGGAUCGUAUUUCUUGUGUGGCGGGUGAAGAGGGUAUAAUACGUGCUUGUCAUAUAGCACCAUUUCGUAAUCUGGGCAUUGUGGGGCAACACAAUAUGCCAGUUGAAAAUUUGGACGUUUGUAAUUCCGGUGAAUUGAUUGCCUCGUCGUCACAUAAUAACGAUGUACGCUUUUGGAAUGUAAAAUAUUUUGAAGAUUUUGCUGACAUUAAAUACAAUGAAAAGCACAACACAUUUAAGGAUAAGCGACACAAUUUACCAUCUUCGAAAUUCACAAAUGCUGGUGACUUUUUUGCUGAUUUGGCAAAAUCACCCAGUGAUGACAAUGAAUAGAAAUGGUACUUUGAACAUAUAGGAAUAAUAUACGAAGUAAGGUAUAAGAAAUUUGCUGUAUGUAUUGUAAAUUUUUGUAAGAAAGUCGUGGUUAAUUAUAGAGCAAUUAAAACGAAUUGCAUUUUUAUUGUUUAUUUUGAAACGAGA